AUGUUAAGGUACCUUCUUACUUUAAUUUUGGUGUCGGCGGUGCAAUGCGACGACACUGAUGCUGAUACACGCAUCGUGGGUGGUUCUGAUGCGGCUGAUGGCGAAUUUCCCUACCAAGUAUCGCUGAGGUUGUACAACUACAGGAAUGUACUGCAACACUUCUGUGGAGGUUCCAUAAUCGCCCCUUUGUGGGUGCUGUCGGCUGCCCAUUGUACAAUUGAGUUCCAAAAGGAAAAUAUUGUAGUGGUUGUUGGCACAAACAGUCUUUCGAAUGGCGGAGCCAAAUACGAGGUUGAUAAGAUAAUUCUCCACGAGGACUACAAUCGCACUUCAUACGCAAACGACGUUGAGGUGAUAAAAGUUAAGAGGGAAAUCCAAUAUGGCGAGAAAGUUAAGCCUAUAUCCUUGCCUACCGCUGAUACUCCAGGCGGAGUUGAACUCAUUGUUUCAGGCUGGGGAUACACCAAUAACUACCGCCGAACUCCAGACAAAUUGCAAAAGCUCACAGUGAAAUCUCUAUCCGUCGAAGAUUGCCAGAACAGUGACUUGAAGAGAUUCAAGAACACAAAUCCGAUAACCGAUCACCAAAUCUGUACUUACACAAGGGAAAACGAAGGAAUAUGCCAAGGAGAUUCUGGUGGUCCACUUGCACGCAAUGGGGAAGUAGUUGGUCUUGCCUCCUGGGUGAUUCCGUGUGGACGGGGCAGACCUGACGUCUUCACACGGGUCUACUCAUACGUGGACUGGAUUAAAGAGAAGACUGGCAUCUAA